CCACCUAUAAAAGCCACCCUUGCGCGGGACUCCCAACAGAGCCAAAGCAGUGCCGGUCACAAUUCACAUUCACACACACAAAACAGAUCUUCUCGGAGCGCAACACACGGCCGCCCGCCUCCUCACAACAGGUCUGGCUUCGCUUCGUGUACACUUCCCGCGCUGCAACGUCUCGACUUUCUGAAGCCUCCGGAUCAGCGAGGCUGGUCUCCCGCCAGAAUACAAAGGCGCAAAGGCAGAGAAAUAAAGCGCAG